AUGACUCGCGACGCGACGUUCGAUGUCACCGACCUGCGUGAGCAUGGCGAGACUGGAUCCUUUCGAGCCUUGCUGUAUGCAGACCCUGAAGCUGCUUUCGCACGAUUCGCCGCUCUCUACGCAUCGCGGGAUGUAGAUCGUCCUGUCACCGAAAAUGCGGCUCUGUGCGGCGCAGCAGACGUUAUCAGCAAAGACGUCAUGAGCGUCUGCUCGACUGGUAUAGAUGGGCGAGUGUCCUGGGAAGGAAACGCUGGGCACGUCCCGGACGGUUUCGGCAAGGAUUUAUGGGAGUCUAUCAUGUCGAGCGAACUGCCUCUGUUACUAGCUGGUAUCGUGUCAGACCCAAGAUUUUAUGAGGAGAACGACCGAUGGAUCUUCAGUAUCCUCAAUUGUUUGGCCGGCCUCCUCUGGUUUUGGUACGAGCGAGUCGACCCUGCCGUUCAUGCUGGUACUCUGCAGAAGUCGCGUACCCAGAGGUUCAUCGUCGCGAGUCUGCCGAUGUGGGAAACACUCUGGAGGUGUCAAGAUCAGCUUCUGUUUUCGACCAUUGACGCCACCGGUACUAAGAGCAUGACUCCGUGGCCAUUCCAAAUGUUAUCAACGAUGACUAUUUGCAUGAAUGGAGUAUAUCGUGGAUCGAAACACUUUCGGGAGGCCAUGCUGUCGAAGAUGCCUCACGUCGUUCUGUUCGCGUGGUACCAUCUACCAAUAUAUGGCCCAGCCGACAACAAGGUCCUCGAAGUAGUCGCUGUUCACUGUAUGGGAUCUAUGCACCUCGGUCCUCGCGAUGGUACGAAGCCGGACUUGGUCCUCUUCCGAGAAGACUUUCUCCACGGCCCGGGAAAACCAAUCUUGGUCCUGAAAAAGCUCAUCCACUUGAUUCAGACGGAAGACUGGAUGAUAGGCAAUGAGCUAGGCAUGGCGUUUUGCGUUUUAGCUAAUCUGAUAUCGGCCGACUACGAACUCCUCGCGACGUAUCACGGAACUCCGGCGAUGGCGCUCCUGAAUCAAGCCUUGAGGAGACACCGAAAGUUAGGCGAUCGUGACGACGACUCGUGGGUGUGGUCGAAUGCAGCGCGGAAUGUUGAUGUGGUCGGCGAACAUCUAUUAAAGCAGCUCUGUCCUCCAAGGGCAGUGAGAGGUAAAGAUGUCUUCUACAUCUUUGCGCGCGGUAUCAGUACCUUCUUGUAUGAGCUUCAAAAGGACGAGCCGGAGAACAUGGAACAAAGCAAGAUCGCGGUCAAUACUUUCACCUUCUGGUGCAAAGCAGUCAAUCUGGCCAUCAAGGGUAGCGAGGGCGGCUUCCCUUCCUCGGUGGUGGAAGAUCUCAAGGCGGCGGCUCCGACAAGAUGGUACCCUACGAUGAAGAAGCUGCGCGACGCUCAUAUCCCCGUGAAGAAACUGGUGACCUACAGGAAGCUCGUAGAUAACUGGCAGAUGCUCGGCAAGGAUCUUGGAGUGGACGAGAAGGCGGAAGGUAAACGAUACGAGAAGGAUAAGAAGGACACCACAAAGCUUUGCUCGUGGAAGCAGUGCGAGUAUCAUACGUCUCCUGCAUCAGAUGAUGUGGCGAUCAAACAGUGCAAGGGCUGUGGGGAGGCUCGAUACUGCUCCAGGGAGUGCCAGACGACGCACUGGAAGAAAGGUCAUAAAGUCGAUUGUCGCCGUCUUAAGGCGUAG